UAACACACCCUUCUAGCACAAGCUACCAAUAUAUCUACUUUCACAUUGUUACUAGGAACUUCUACUUGAAGUUUCACCCACAAUUUCCACAUGGAAUUAAAUUUUGGUAUGGAUUUUGAGGAUUACUUUCCAUCCAUGAUUGCACGUUUUGGAGCAGAAGGGUUUAUAAAUGAACUUUGCAACGGCUUUCGUUUGCUUAUGGAUGUGAACAAAGGUCUUAUAACAUUUGAGAGCUUGAAGAUGAAUUGUUCCAUGCUUGGUUUGGAGGUUAGGGAUGAUGAGCUAGUUUGCAUGCUAAUGGAAGGUGAUUUGGAUGGAGAUGGUGCUUUAAAUCAAAUGGAGUUUUGCAUUCUCAUGUUUAGGUUGAGUCCAUGUUUAAUGGGUGGACCUAAAAUUUGCACUAGUACUCAUCAAGGUGUGGAUUCCAUGUCAAUGUGAUGCAGCUCUUCUAUCUAACUCUCCUUCUCAUGGCUAAUUUUUGUCUAAGAUUUAAUUCAUAUACAUUGUCGGUCUAAAAAUCUUUUACACUGUCAAAUAAUUAUAAUCGUCAAAUAUCAAUUAAAACUUUUUU